AUGCGCGCUUCCUCCCACGAUGCGCCGUCCAUGGCCGAUCAGCUGCCCUCCAUCAACUUCGGAUUCGACGACCUGCGCAGUCGCAUGAACCAGUUCACCGCGCGCUUCGAUGCUUUUAUUGAGAAUGGGCGACGCCGAGUGCUGGAAGAGCGCAACCAGUUCCACAUGAACGUCGCAGAGCUUCACGAGGACCAGCGCAUGAAGAAGCGCGACAUUGAGAUCCUCGAACUCAAACAACAACAACACAGCCAGAGCAUCGCCAAGGAGUCGCAAGAGACAAGCGAAAUGCAGGAAGCCAUCAGCGCCCUCACCCUCCAGCGUGACGAGCGCCUUGCGCACCGCGACACCCUUCGUUCCCAGAUUGCCGAAGUGCAGAAAUCCAUCUCUGCCCGCAGGGAGGCGCAACUCAAGCAUCGCCGCUAUCUCGAUGGCCAGUCUCGGUACAACGAGCCGGAGCUGGACUUUUGGGAGAACUACCUUGGCCUGCGCAUUGAAGGCCUGGGCAAGGACGACAGACUGAAGUUUGUAUACACCAACGUGGAUGAGCGCGAGUGGGAGCGCGAGGCCUGGUUCGAGUUGGACACGAGCGAGCGCGACUACAAGGUGCUGGAAGUCAGGCCGAAGGUGGAGCGGGAAGAGGUUGAGAGGGUCGUCGAGAGGCUGAACGAGUCGAGAGACCUGGCGAGCUUCUUGAAAGGCAUGCGCGAGUUAUUUGUCGAGGCAUGCAAAUAG